AAAAUUAUGAUUUCCUGUUGUCUAGGCCCUUAUAUAAAUGUCCAUUGGUGCCAGGGUGAUCUACUAUAAGUCUUUUUCUAUCAGACAGAAAAAAGUAGAUGCCAUUGUUUGCAAGGCAGGCUAAAGCAGGGGCUCUAAUCAUCUUUUUGCCUGGACAAAGCUUUGUCUCUUUGGGCUUUUGUGGGCAAGUUUGAGAUUGGGUAUACACAUUGGUGCUGAGGAAGAUUACAAGUUCAUCCAUCCUGCUGAGUAAGGGAGUAGGAAUAUCAAGAGUUGGAACUGAGAGAUCAAUGGGUUCUGUGUGGCGGUCUAUUGUUCAUGUGUAUUUCAUCAUAGCAUUAUUUGGUUCCUCUGCCCUAGCUGAAGAUCCAUAUAAAUUCUUUACAUGGACUGUUACAUUUGGUACCAUAUGGCCUCUUGGUGUCCCUCAGCAGGGGAUUCUUAUUAAUGGCCAGUUCCCUGGACCUCAGAUUGACAGUGUGACAAAUGAUAACAUUAUUGUUAAUGUAUUCAAUAAGUUAAAUCAGCCUUUCCUUUUAUCAUGGAAUGGGAUACAACAGAGGAGAAACUCCUGGCAAGAUGGAGUUUCUGGAACCAACUGCCCCAUUCCUCCUGGAAAAAACUUUACAUACAAGUUCCAGGUUAAAGAUCAGAUAGGUAGCUAUUUCUAUUUUCCAUCACUGUCUUUCCAUAAGGCAGCAGGAGGAUUUGGAGGCCUUAAUGUUGUUAGCAGGCCUAGAAUACCUGUGCCAUUCCCUAGUCCUGAUGGUGACAUCACUCUGCUGAUAGGUGACUGGUACAAAGGCAACCAUGCUACCCUUAGGAGAAGGCUUGAAUACGGUAGAGCUCUGGGCAAUCCGGAUGGUGUUCUUAUCAAUGGACGAGGCCCAAAUGGUUAUUCAUUGACAGUGGAUCAAGGAAAAACUUAUCGUCUCCGCAUAUCAAAUGUGGGAUUGUCAUCCUCUCUGAAUUUCAGGAUUCAGGGUCACAAAAUGAAGCUCAUAGAAGUGGAGGGAUCUCACACUGUCCAAAAUCUCUAUGAUUCUCUAGACGUACAUGUUGGUCAGAGCUACUCUGUUCUGGUUACUGCUAACCAGCCUCCUCAGGACUACUACAUGGUUGCAUCUACUCGCUUCACCAGUCCUAUUCUGACUGGGAUAGGAAUUUUCCGCUAUAGCAAUUCUCAGAAGGGUGUUUCAGGACCUAUUCCAUGGGGUCCAACUAACGAGAUUGAUUGGUCUAUUAACCAGGCAAGAUCUAUCAGAUGGAACUUGACAGCGAGUGGACCUCGUCCUAAUCCCCAAGGAUCAUACCACUAUGGCACCAUCACCAUUUCCAGAACUAUCAAGCUUGCAAACGGGGCCCCCUUCAUUAAUGGCAAACAACGUUAUACAGUGAAUGGCCUUUCCUUUGUACAACCUGACACACCAUUGAAGCUUGCAGAUUACUACAACAUUGGCGGAAAGUUCGCCUUAGGUGGCAUCCCUGAUUACCCAGAUGGCAGAUCUCCUUAUCUGCAGACUGCUGUGAUCUCUGGAACGUACAGGACGUUUAUUGAGAUUGUGUUCCAAAACUAUGAGAACACCAUUCAGUCAUGGCAUUUGGAUGGGUACUCUUUCUUUGUAGCAGGAAUGGAUGGAGGAGAAUGGACAGCUGCAAGCAGGAAGGGCUACAAUCUGUUCGAUACAGUUGCUCGAUGCACAAUUCAGGUAUAUCCGAGAUCGUGGACUGCCAUUCUUAUAAGCUUGGACAAUGCAGGAAUGUGGAAUCUGAGGUCAGAGACAUGGGAAAGGCAGUACCUGGGUCAGCAAACCUACCUUCUGGUUAAAUCUCCAGUGAAAUCACUGAGAGAUGAAUAUGACAUUCCUCAUAAUGCUCUGCUCUGCGGAAGUGCCACAGGCCGUCCACGCACCCCGCAUCAUUAACAAUUUCUUAACCAAAAAUUCUUUUUGUUACAGGCAUGCCAUCACCGAUUAAUUAUUUAUUCCGCCUCCAUCGUGGCCAGAAUUCGAAAUUUUCAGUUCUAUGAGAGCUUUUAAACAUAAAUUUUCUCUUUGAGUGUUUGUAGUUUACGCUAUUCACUAGCAAUCGCAGCGGUGGAUUAAUAGUUUACUUACAUUCGAGCAAAAUUUCCAUAUACGCGUCGAAUAUCUUGUCAUAAAACUGCGAGGCCUUUUUGCUUUCUCGAUGGAGCUUCAAAAAAGAGAAUCCAUGGAAAUUUGUAUUUAUCUCUAAUAUUUUUCUCUGUAUAGAAGAUGAAGCAAAUUGAAUGUUCAA